GCUUUUCACAGAGCCCUUGAAACUGGUGGUAGCACGUAUGAUAAGCGUGUUAAAAUUUUGCUUGUUGGACAGGACCGUGUGGGUAAAACGAGCCUUGCUAAAGCUUUAAGAGGUGAACCUUUUGAUGAAGCCGAAUGCAGUACUGACGGAGUGCAAAUGAUCCCUGCUGUCAAGAAUGCUGGAACAGGCGCGUGGAGAAAUCCAGCUUCUGUUGAACACACAACAGUGUUUGAUCAUAAGGUCGCUGCAAAGACCGCUGAGAAUUUAUUAAGAACACAUUCGGAGCAGCCAGCAACGAAUCAACCAACAGAAACCUCGAUUAGAAGUGAAGCUAAGAAACCUCCUGAGAAACCAACAGGAGUAGCCUCGAAGCAAACAGGGCAGUUAUCUAUUGGAGAUGGUUAGUGCAAAAAACCUUCGGUCAGUCUUUAACUGUUGCUGAGACGCUGAAAACUGUAUUUUCCGUAAAAUCCUGAGAACGUUUCGGUUAUGUAGGUAGACAAACCACUCUGCUGGUUUAAGAGUUUCUAUUUCAUUGAUCUAUCGUUACUUCUGUGGUCGUAAAAUUAAUGGAAAUUUUGAGAAGCUGGAGUCCUUUUUCUUUAAGCCCCGGUAAAUAUAAAUAACUGUGAAAAUGAAAUGAUCUGCGUGUCACGAGCGUGGGACAAAGAAAAAAGUCUGAGUCCUCGACAGGAUUUGAACCUAUGACCUUCCAAACACCGGGCGGGCGCUCUGUCCAUUUGAGCCACAUGAGCUUGAGAACUCAUGGAGAAUAACUGGUUACCUUUACGACCUUUACGGUCCGAAAUCAAUGAUCAGAUCAAAAUAUAAACGACAAAAACGCGGUUCCUAGAUUAGGGACCAGCAAUACACUUUGUUUUGAAUACUGAUAUUAUCUGCAAACCUAUUGAAACUUCGCUCUGUAAUGUAAGCGUCAAAAGCUUUUCGGGCCCGUUAGUUAUUGGGAUUUUUGGGAAACGGUCCCCCGGGCCGGUCCCUGGCUUCUCACACAGGCUUAAACGGCACCCAAGAUACCAACAGCGGUCUAUUUGCUUCUUAUGAUGUCGGGUCGUAACCUUAGCAACCUUUUGUCAGCAAUUUUGUCCACAAACAGCUAUUUCGAGAAAAGUUGUCGGAAAAAGGUGCACGCGACAAUCCCGAAAGGUAUUGUGGGUGGCUUUGAGCUAACUGUUCUUCAAAGAUAAGAAAUUUGAAAGAAUGUCUCGAGAGCCUGACUUAUGUUAGCGAGUGUAAAGAGAAGCAGCAACAAUGUCAGGAACAGUGUAUUGAUCAUAUCCCAUAUUACCUUCUCAAUAGAAUCAAGCACCUUCUUGAUAGACAGACGCUACUUUUACUUAUUAAUGCUUUUGUUUUCAGUAAAUUGUUUUAUUGUUCCUCCGUAUGGAGCAAUACCUCUAAAACAAACGUAAAAAAAUGCAAUUAGCUCAAAACUCUGCUGGUAGGAUAGUUCUUGGUCGCCGGAAGUAUGAUCACAUCUCUGAGGGACUGAAGUCACUUAGAUGGCUUCCUAUUGCUGAUAAAGUACUUUUAAAUGUUUCUGUUAUGGUCCAUAAGUGCCUAAAUGGUCGAGCACCAGACUACCUUUGUCAAAAAUUUACUUGUAGACAAGCUCAUAUCGACAGAAAUACACGAUACAAAGAAGACCUGAAUCUGCCGAGAUGCAGAUUAAAAACUGGGCAACGAUCUUUCGCCUUUAGAGGGGCUACUUGUUGGAACCUUGAACUACCAAAAGACAUGAAGGAAGUAGCAGAUUGCCGAAUUUUUAAGAAGAGACUUAUAGUUAUGUUCUUUAAGCGACGUUCAUCACUUAAGUACUUAAAAUUAGGUGACUAGUUUAAUAAUUUUUUUUCUUGUAUCUAGUUAGUUGUUAAAUAGUUAGCUCAUUGUGACUGAAAAGCCCCGUAAAGGGAGUCUAAAUAAACGUAUAUAUAUAUGUAUUACCUUUCGGGAUUGUCGCAUGCACAUUAUACGUAAUGAAAAAGUCGCCUCCAUAAAAGAGAAGAUCUUCUGACAGUAAAAUUACCUUAGAUUUGGCCCAAUUUUAGCAGUUUCAAAGAAGCGAAACCAAAAAAGAGCCUGAACAUGCGUUAGCACUGAAAUGUUAUUGGAACAUCGAAGAAAACCUGUUUGGUGGUGGUAUCAAACCCGUGAUACUGCACAUCAACCCGUUUAAACCCAAGGGCUUGCUCGCAGGAAAAACGCUUUGAGAUAACUGAACUCAUUUAGUUCGCCUUUCACCGUACAGAAGCCCUUCUCCUGAUCUGAUUUUGUCUUUGCAUCAAUUUUUCUUCGUAGUUAUGUUUCCAUUGUAUGUAAUUUAAAUUCUUUCCUGGGAACGAUUUUUCCCGGCGAACUAAAAAUAAUAAGGUGUAGAGAGUACAAUGUGGUAGGCUUAUAUCUGUUUUCUGACUUUUGUAGCCCAAAGAUGGACUUCACUUCUUCUCAUAUUCUUUUUCUUUCUAUUGCCACACCCUAAUCCGUCAACAACUAAUGAAGAAAACCUUCCAGUCGACCAAGAAGAAAAUGUUCCAAGAGAGAGUCAGAAGAAAAGCGUUCAAAGAAAUCGUAUAAGUUAACACUAUUGCCAUCUUUAGGUUAACCCCUUCAUUUUCUUUAGAGAAAAGUGAAUUCGACUCUUACAAAAAAAAAUUAUACUUAACAUGCUGUUUGUGCGUAGAACGCGCUAUAAAAAGGUUACCGAUUCACGGCUUUACUUGAUUAUCGUAUCGUUUUUGUCUCAAUGCAUUUCAGUUGGGACACCUGCGAUCGCCCCCUACCGACAGAGUCAGUAGUUUUGGGCUGCGUGCGGUUAUUCAUUUACCUUAAAGGUGCUUGAGUAGCAUUGCACCGUGAAAACGUGCGCCGUGACCCAAACUUUUUAUUACGUUUUUGUCAUGACUUUGACAACAGGGUGUACCAUGUUUCAUCGAUAAUCGUUGUCAGGUUCUUUUACUAGUGAAUCACUUUAAGCCUCUAUUUUGACUUUCUUCUUACAGAGCACCAAGAUCUAUUUCUAGUUCCGGAAGGGGAAGUAAUGCCAGAGGAAGUUGCCUCGCUUUUGGAGGAAAACCUAGCGAAAAAUGAAUUCCACCCUGAUGAAAAAAUUUGGCCCGAAAUUUGGGACUUUGCAGGACAGGACAUUUACCGUGCUAUACAUCCAAUCUUUAUGUCAACAGAGGACAUUUAUCUUCUUGUUUUUGAUCUUACAAAGGAGCUCAGUGAAAAAGCAGUGUGUCGAGUGAAUGUGGGUCAAAAAGAGCACGUUGUAACAGCCCGCGAUGAUGAAGACACCAAUUUGGAUCACUUAUUACGGUGGAUGGGCUUGAUUCACUCUUUAGUGAAGGGUAAUCAGAAAGACGAAGAGGGUUUUUUGUAUCCCCCAGUCAUACUUGUCGGUACUCAUGCUGACGGUGUAGAAAGUCCAAUCAAAAAAAUGGAAUUAGUGAUAGAGAAAUGUAAGCGCGUGAUUUGUAAAGAGAGUUAUUUACCACACAUCAGAGGUUGUUUAUCGAUCGAUAACACAAAAGCUGGCAAAUCAGUCGACCAGGAAGAAAUAGAAAAUCUUCGAGCAAAGAUUCUCGAGGUAGCCGAUAAAAUGCCUCACACCAAGAAACUGAUCCCCUUGCAGUGGCAUCGUGUUGAGAAAGAAAUUAUUCAACCGAAAUGGCAAAGA